AUGCGCGUGCAGUUGUCUGAGAUUGUGAUGCGCGUGCAGUUGUCUGAGAUUGUGAUCUGCGUACAGUUGUCUGAGAUUGUGAUGCGCGUGCAGUUGUCUGAGAUUGUGAUGCGCAUACAGUUGUCAGAGUGUGUGAUGCGCUUGUCUGAGAUUGCCAUGCGCGUGCAGUUGUCUGAGAUUGCCAUGCGCGUGCAGUUGUCUGAGAUUGCCAUGCGCGUGCAGUUGUCUGAGAUUGCGAUACGCGUGCAGUUGUCUGAGAUUGCCAUGCGCGUUGCAGUUUUGUCUGAGAUUGCCGUGCAGUUGUCUGAGAUUGCCGUGCAGUUGUCUGAGAUUGCCGUGCAGUUGUCUGAGAUUGCCGUGCAGUUGUCUGAGAUUGCCGUGCAGUUGUCUGAGAUUGCCGUGCAGUUGUCUGAGAUUGCCGUGCAGUUGUCUGAGAUUGCCGUGCAGUUGUCUGAGAUUGCCCAUGGACAGCAGCAGCAGCAGCAGCAGCAGCAGCAGCAGCAAGUGAACCGUAGCAGCCAGGAGGAAAAGGAAGAAAAAGAGAAGGAGUCUGAGAGAGAUGAAGAGAAGAAUGAAGCUGAAGACAAGGAGGAUGGAGUGAAGGACGACACCUCGGGGGAAGACGCUGAGGACAAGGAGCCCACUGUGGCCCUCAAGGGUCGGCGCACAGCCAACAGCCAAGGCCAUCGCAAGGGCCGCAUCACCCGCUCCAUGACCAGCGAAGUGGAGGAGACCGCUGCGCCGCCUCUCAACAAUGAGCUCGCCAAUCUGGAGAUGAGUGAGAGCUCCCGCUGGACGGAAGAAGAAAUGGAAACUGCCAAAAAAGGUCUUCUCCAGUAUGGUAGGAAUUGGUCUGCCAUUGCCAAGAUGGUGGGAUCGAAAACUGUGUCUCAGUGCAAGAACUUCUAUUUCAACUACAAGAAGAGGCAGAAACUGGACGAGAUUCUGCAGCAGCAUAAAAUGAAAUCUGAUAAGGAGCGUAAAGCCCGUCGUAAGGGCAAAGCCCCACAGAAUGAGGCCAGCGCCCCAUAUGCAGCCGAGGAGGAGGAGAUGGAGGGCUCAGGAGCCAGUGGCAAUGAGGAGGAGGCAGCUGAAGAUGGAGAAGGUGGAGCCAAUAACAGCUCAGACACAGAGAGCUUACCUUCACCACACUCAUCAGAGGACAGCAAGGUGAAGGAGGAAGGCUCCAGUAGGACAACGUCCAGCUCCAACACUGGGGACAAGGAGGCCAUGGGGUCAGAUGUGGGCCAUCCAGCAGAUGAAAAAGUUCCAGUCCAGGAUGACAGUGAGAAAGCCAUCAGACAAGAAGUAAAGACUGAGACAGGAGAGGACACCACAGAGCAGCUGCAGCCAGCGCCAUCUAGUGACAAUGCAGAUAAAAAGCCCCAGACAGCAGAGAAUGAUGAUGUCAAGAUCUCCACCAAGACCUCCAAGAAGGAUCAUGUGGCUAAAACUGGCUCCCAGGGUGACAGUGAUUCAAGUGCCACUUGUAGCGCUGAUGAAAUGGAGGAGGCAGACAACACGGACAAGAACAGAAUAACAUCUCCUCGACCGAGCCUCCUGAACUUCAGCCAUGAUGGGGUCAUAUCCCCCCCUCUGCAGAAGCCCAUGGACCUGAAGCAGCUCAAACAGAGAGCAGCUGCCAUCCCACCUAUCAUGCCAGAAGCGACUUUACGAGGGAGCCCGCGGAUCGGGGGUGGAAAGCUGGGGCUGCCCCCCCAUGCCCUGGAGCUGUACCAGCAGCAGAUCACCAUGGCCCACGGCGAGUCCUCACAGGACGCCAAACAGCAGCCGUACACACCGCAGGCAGAGCGGGACGCCGUCCUCAGUGCCAGUCCCCGAGUCCAUCCACGCAGCCCCAACGGCGACAAGGACGAAAAGGCCCGAGUGUCCUCUCCACAUGGUGACGCUAAGAAGCAGGCACCGGGCCCUGACGACCACAGAUCCUCUAACUUUAAUCGCCCAGGCCUCGCACUGUACCCUGCGUCCCCACGAGAUGUGGCCAAGAUGGGUCACGAUCAGCACCUGCUCCACUUUAACGCGUUCCAGCAGACGGGACACUCUGCUAGUCCUCAGGACGGCGGCAGGCUGGCGGCAGUCAGACCCCUUCACAUGCCUGAUCCUCCACCUCUUAUCUCCUCCGCCAAGCCCGGAGGCUCCAUCACACAGGGUACGCCGGUGCCGCUACACAGCCCAGCUCAUGGGUUGGACCAUGGCAAGAUGGCGUCCUCACAGAUGGGCUUACCUUGGCUGGAACAGAGGAAAGCUGGUGGUGCAUUCCCCGUGGUGAAGCAGGAACAGCUGUCGCCUCACAGCUCCUCCUCUCAAACCGACAGCCUGUCGAGCCAGGCAGGGCCUCAUGAUGGCGCUGCUGCACGAGCCUCGGUUCCAGCUGUUCAGGGGGGCAGUAUCACUAAAGGCAUCCCAGGUACCAGAAUGCAUCCGGACUCCUCGGUGUCCUACCGAGGGGGCUCCAUCACUCAGGGCACCCCGGCUGAUGUGCUGUACAAGGGAACCAUAACCCGUCUGAUCACGGAGGACAGCGCCGGCCGCGCUGAGAGGGAGCGGGAAGGCCACGUGCUGUACGAGGGCAUCAGCGGGCACAUUCUCACGUACGACCGCCCGUUGUCUCACACCCCUAAAGAUGAGGGCCGGGGUCCUGGACAGCCCAGUGAGAUUCUGGGAUUGAAGCGUCCUUAUGAUGUCAUGGAAGGAGGCAUCUCUCGAGGGCUGCCUAUGAGGGACUCGCUGUCUGCUGCCAACUGUGAAGGUCUCAUCAGUCGAGCCAUGCCCCAUGACAGAGACAGUCCACAUCACACACCGUACAAGGACGCUCACCACAUCCGCGGUUCCAUCUCGCAAGGUAUCCCGCGCCAUCUGGAGCCGCAGGAUGGCUACCUGAGGCGGGAAGCUAAGCAGAUGAAGAGAGAGGGAUCCCCACGUCGUGGAGCGGUUUCCGGCAGAGACGCCAUGGUUCCCACAGUGAAGGAGGCCGGACGCUCCAUCCACCUCAUCCCCAGGGAGGAGCUCCGGCAGGCUUCAAAGGACGCCAUCAUAGCACAGGGAUCCCAGGUGAAACAGGAAGCAGCGGCUUCAGGGAAACGCCACGACGUGCGCUCCAUCAUAGCCAGCUCGCCACGUUCCUACCAUAACACGUCCUCCCACCUCGAUGGACGCACGGAGAGGGGCCACUACGAAGAGGCGCCGAAGGGGCGUCCCAGCGCAGUGGUCAGCACAUCCGCUUCCAUGAGCCGCUCUUCUUCGCUUCCACUGGUGUCCGAGCAGGGAGGCAAGUCCCACCCGAGCCCGGGAGGCUACGACGACAAGGCUGCUCUGAGGACCUCCUACCCCGGCCCCGCCCACCGCGGCUCCCCCUUAUCGAGGGAGGCGAGCCAGCGGCAGCACGAUGGUUCGACCAAGAAUCCGCCUCAGGAACGUAAAGCCACGCCCACUCCCAGGGAGAUGAGUUCCACAAAAUCACCACUCUCUGGUGUGGCAGAGCAGCAGCCGUCUCUGGCCUCUUAUGAGCGGCUGCUGCAGGGCCUGGGAGCAGACGUGUACCGUGGUCAGAUCCCCCUUGCGUUCGAUCCAGCGGCGCUGCCUCGCGGCAUUCCCAUCGAUCCAGCGUACUACCUGCCCCGGCACCUUGCGCCUAACCCAGCGUACCCCCACCCUUAUCCCUACCUCAUCCGGGGCUUUCCUGACACCGCGGCCCUGGAGAACCGGCAGACGCUGCUCAAUGAUUACAUCACCUCUCAGCAGAUGCAUCAGUGGCCUGCAGCCGCUGCCAUGGCCGCCCAGCGCUCAGACCUCCUCAGAGGCCUUGCUCCGCGAGACCAGCCUCUGCCGCUGCCCUACUCUGCAGCCCCGCGAGGGAUCAUCGAUCUGUCUCAGGUGCCACAUUUACCUGUCCUGGUCCCUCCCUCUGCAGGGACAGCCGGUUCCCCCAUGGACCGCAUCACCUACAUCCCUGGAGCGAACACCACCUUCCCGGGCAGGCCUUACACCACGUCCCCCAUCUCGCCUGUUGGUUCCUCGCACCUCAACAAGAUUCAAGGCACAUCCUCAUCAUCAGAGCGGGAGCGAGACCGUGAGCGGGAACGAGAGCGAGAAAGAGAACGAGAGCGGGACCGUGAGCGAGAACGAGAGAGAGAGCGGGAACGGGAAAGAGACCGAGAGAAAGGCGGUUCUCACGGAAAUGUGGAGCACGCACCGAUCUGGCGGCCAGGUACAGAGCACAGCUCUGCAAGCUCCAGCAGCUCCAGAACCUCCUCCCACCCGUUUAGCCAUCAGCACUCUCCGGUGUCCCCUCGCACCCAGGAGAGUGUGCAGCAGAGGCCCAGUGUCCUCCACAACACCGGGGUCAAAGGUCUCUCUGUCAGCGAGCACGCUGGCUCUUCAGUGUUACGGUCUUUGCCUUUAGCGUCAGCUCGGUACCAAGGCUACCCGGGCCACCUCCAAAGAACAGGUGCGCCCCCUGAGGGCUACCCUUCUGCUGUGGAUUGUAGUGGAGCCAAAGAGCUGAGUCGUGACAACAAGAACAGGGGAGGCCUGCCCAAGCAUAUACAGGACCAGCAGGGGCUGUCCACCAAACCCGACCCCAAGCAGUCCAGCCCAAGUCCAGGAGGAAUCUAUCCGAGCUCCUAUCCCUCAGCUUCUGGUCGACCGCCUCACCUGCUGCCUCCCCAGGUGGAUAACCCUCUCAGCCGCAGCGAGAGCGGGCCGCCUAAUCGGGAAAAGACUCCAAACAAACCAAUGACCGUGCAGGAACAAGAGCUCCGAGCACUCGCUCAACAGAAGAUUGGAUCCAUGGAGCCACACGCCAUCUAUGGGCCUCCGCCUGAAGAGUGUCUGUCUCCAGGACAACAGCCACCGUCUCCCUGUGUUAAAGGCAGUCAGAGGGUUGUCACCUUGGCUCAACACAUCAGUGAAGUAAUUACUAAAGACUACACCAGGCAGAACCAGCAGCAGGCCUACCAUGGCUCUCCUGUCCUGGACCUCACACGUCCACCCAGUGCCUCUCAGCCCCCACCCACGUCACAGGAGUCUGCACAAGGGUCUCGCUACCCGGAGGGCUCAGGAGGAGAGCGCAUCCGGGACCGAUCUCCUACUCAGCCCAAGAUGUCGCCCAUCAGUAUUUCAAAUGAUGGUAUUGAACCAGUGUCUCCUGUUGGAACCAUGUCUGAACCUGAAGUGCAGGGCGGGGUCCCCUACACCACCGAGCAAGGAGAACAGGGAAUGGGCUCCCAUUCCCCUCCCAGUGCCUCCCAGCCUCCAGCCUUCUUCAGCAAGCUCACUGAGAACACCUCAGCCAUCGUCAAGUUCAAGAAACAGGAGAUGAUCAAGAAGAUGACCGUCGUUGGCACUGACAGUGAUUUCAAUGCUGGUCAGCCAGGAACCGAGAUCUUCAACAUGCCAGCUUCUACAACUGCAGGGCCUGUGAGUGCCCGCAGCCAACCUGCCCCAGAGACUCCUGGGAACUCCAUCGGCCUGGAGGCUAUCAUCAGGAAGGCCUUAAUGGGCAACUACAGCGACCUGCCUGAGGACCGCUCCCCGUCUGGGAACACCGCUGGUUCCAGCGUGCCAGCUGCUGAGGGGCGGAUUGAGGACUCCUUCUCACAAGGCGGGGGGAAGUCUUCAAAGAGCGGCGGGCGCUCCAAUGGCCGAAAAACUAAGUCACCAGGCCCCGGCCUGUCAGGCGGGGAGAGGCCAUCCUCUGUGUCCUCGGUCCACUCAGAGGGCGACUGUAACAGGCGAACCCCCCUCACCAACCGUGUCUGGGAGGACCGGCCUUCAUCUACAGGUUCAACCCCCUUCCCGUGUAACCCGCUGACCAUGCGUUUUCCUAGCGGGGUGGUGUCGGUUCCGUCCCCCUCCUCUGGCCAGCCGGGGGGCCCGGGGCCCGGACAGGGUCGGUCCUGGGAGGAGGAGCCGAAGCCUCUGUUGUGUUCUCAGUAUGAGACGCUGUCUGACAGCGAGUGACACGGCGAGGAUCCACCCACUGUCCCGCUGCUCGCCGUGUCCGUGUCCUCUCCGUAACGCGCUGAGCCUGACUGUUGACUGAUCUGACUCAGCUCUGGUGUUCACAGUGAUCUCCAGGAGGGGGCGCUGUGACACCACAAUGAGAGACCCACCAGCUGAGGUGCUGAGAACUUUUCCAGAUGAACUUUUGGCAAGGAUCUGUUUUGUGGCGAUCUCGGGCGCCCGUGCUGGCUUGUGGGCGGGGUGUCUUUGGUUUACAGGGUAAACAUGCUGAUGUCAUGUUUUGGGGUGGGCUUGUUCCUGGAGCACUUGUGUUGUCAUAGCAACACUUUGUCAGCGUUGUGACGAGAGCGCCGCCUGGAUGAGUUUUUGAAUAUUAAGUGCUUGUUGUCACGACACGGACCCCACGUGACGGUCCCAGCGAGGGAAUGCCCGCCUG